AUGUCAAUCAAUGUCAGUAGUUCGUUAGAAACAUCCAAUAUAACAAAAAAUGAAUCGCAUGAAUUAAGUUAUCGAACGAAAGAAUUAAAACAAUCAUUGAUUAUUUGGCGUAAUGUUUUAGUACUAAUAAAUAAUUUACUUGAAUGGGAACAUAAAUAUGAUUCAUUGAUUAUUUUUGGAAUAAUCACUUUUAUUUUCUUGACAUCUACUAAAGAAGCUAAAUAUUCAAGAUUAUGCGAACGUAUUGCAAAUCUUGAACAACACAUUAAACAUAAAUGUGACUUAGCUUUGAAAAUACGUAAAGAACGACCAUUAAUGUAUUUAAUGAUUGGUAGUAUAUGUCUUGCUUUUAUUGCAUUUUGUUGUCAAAAUAUCGAUAAUCUUCUGCUUAGUUAUUUAACAACUCUUAUUCUUUGCCUUACACCUGGUAUACGUGAUCGACAAUUAAUACCAUUGAUUCGUCAAUAUAUAGAUGGAUUUUUGAAUAAUAAAAAAAUAGUUUCAUCAUAUGAAAAUGAAGAGAAAAGAACUCAAUAA